CUAUCGUUUUAUCAUCUUCUUCAUUGACUUCCAACUAUUGUUUUUUUCUAUCUGCAGAUUUCCACACAACAAAGGUUUCAAAACUAAAACAUAUCUGCAGAACACUAAGGUUCGAAUCAAUCCCAUAUCCAACGAUUGAUUGCUGUCUUUGAGAUUAAAACCGGAUUACGGCAGAAUUAGUUGACGGAAAAUGGCGGGACCGUUAAAGGGCAAAGUAUGCGUGACCGGAGCUGGAGGAUACCUAGGUUCUUGGGUCGUCAAGCUUCUCCUAUCCAACAACUAUCUUGUCCACGGAACCGUCAGACAACCGGCCGAUGAGAAAUACAGUCACCUGAACAAGCUUGAAAAGGCAGCUAAUAAUCUGAAACUUGUGAAGGCGGAUUUACUGGACUACACCUCUCUGUCUUCUGCUAUUCAAGGUUGCACUGGAGUUUUUCAUGUUGCUAGCCCGGUUCCGUCCGCUGCUGUUCCCAAUCCUGAGGUGGAAUUACUAGAGCCGGCUGUGAAGGGAACUUUAAAUGUGCUUAAAGCGUGUGCUGAAGCGAAGGUUAAGCGUGUUGUUGUUGUGUCCUCUGGAGCUGCUGUCUCCAUGAAUCCGAGCUGGCCUAAGGGGCAGUUGAUGGAUGAGAGUUGUUGGUCUGACAAGGAAUAUUGCAGAACGACGCAGAACUGGUAUUGUCUUUCCAAGACGGAAGCAGAAAGUGAGGCUUUUGAGUUUGCGAAACGGAGUGGUCUGGAUGUUGUAACUGUUUGUCCCACCAUCAUUCUCGGGCCAGUUUUGCAGUCGACAGUUAAUGCAAGUAGCCAGGUCCUCAUCAAGCUUUUGAAAGAAGGGUAUGAGUCCCUGGAGAACAAACUUCGGCCGAUAGUAGAUGUACGUGAUGUUGCUGAAGCACUGCUUUUGGUGUAUGAGAAGCCUGAGGCAGAAGGGAGAUACAUAUGCACGACACAAGCGAUCAGGACAAGAGACAUAGUCGAUAAGUUGAGGAGCAUAUAUCCUAAUUACAAUUAUCCUAAAAGCUUCACUGAGGGAGAAGAAGGAGUAAAGCUGAGCUCUGAAAAAUUGCAGAGAUUAGGAUGGAGUACCCGUUCACUAGAGGAAACGUUCAUCGACUCUGUGGAGAGUUAUCAAAAGGCUGGAAUGUUGGACUAGUUUGACAUAUGGUUUUUAUUCGGAGGUUUGUAAACUUCCUCGCACGUCUGUCAUCAUGGCUAUUACAUUGUAUAAAUAAAGGGACUACUAGUGUAUUAUUAGUUCACGAGGUUAUGCUAAGUUGUUUAGGUGGAAUUUUUUUUAUAUAUAUAGUUAUCAAGUUUGUGCUUGUGUAAUGAAACUGGGAAUCUGGUAUUUUCAGUUUUCUUCAACUAAAAUUAUCCUUUAUAAA